ACCAUAUGGAAAAUGCUUCCAUAGAAAUAGAAUUCUGUGUUGUGGGGCAAGGGGGCAAGGGAGGUUCUGGCCAUCUAUAGAUGGCCUUGGGUUCUGGAGUAUAAUUGCGCGUCAAAUUAUCAUUAUGCCUGCCUUCACGCUUGGCAUUUCUCUGUAGUAAGUAGGUGCGGCGGCCGUCGCCGCGGCCAUGGGCCAAUGUUUCUCCUGUCGAGAAGACGAGGAGCAUGGCCGGCCCGGCUCCUCCAAACACAAAUAUGAUGGCGUCCCCAUCACUGACCCUCAGGUUUCGGCUCCCGUCACAGCACCCAUCUCGCUGGAGACGAUCACCGCUGGAGUCUGCGCUCCUCCACCACCGCCGCCGCCCCCGCCGCCUCCCUCCACCGCCCAGCGGCCGACCGCCGUCCUCUCCUCGGAGUCCAUCCGCUCGGACAAGUGGAGCUUCCCCCGCGUCACCACCAAGCGCGGCGGUCCGGAGGCGCGUCGCUCCGGCUCCCGGGACGUAUCGGACGCGCGGCUGGCGGCGCUGUUCGAGGUGUAUCGGGACCCGGCCGAGGACGCUAUCCUCGAGGACGGCGUGGAGCGGCUCUGUGCCGAUCUCGAGCUGCGCCCGGACGAGUUUCGGGUGCUGUUGCUGGCGUGGCGGCUGAACGCGCAAACCAUGUGCCGGUUCAGCCGGGCCGAGUUCGUCGGCGGCUGCCGCUCGCUGAAAGUGGACAGUAUCAGAGCGCUGCAGGCGCGCCUACCGCAGGUGGCCGCCGAGGUAGCCGCUGAUCCGGUCAAAUUCAAGGACUUGUACCACUUCACGUUCCGGUUCGGUCUAGACGCGGAGCUCGGCCAGCGGAUCCUGCCGGCGCCGAUGGCCAUCAGUCUGUGGCGGCUGGUGUUCUCACAAAGUGAACCGGCCCUGCUGGAGCCGUGGCUGCGCUACCUCGAGAAGCACGCGCAGAUCCGCGGCAUCCCCGCCGACACGUGGUCCAUGUUCCUCAGUCUAGUGGAGGCGGUAAGGCCCGACCUGGCGGACUAUGAUGACACAGAAGCGUGGCCGUCGCUGUUCGACGACUUUGUCGAGUUUCAGACAGAUCAGGCGAACCAAAAUGUGAGUGAUUGUGAUCGGGAGUGACGCGAUGGGCGGGGACGUCCCACCAGAGGGGGGGGGGGGGCAUGCGCCUCGAUCGGCGCUGUGCUCCGAGCCAACCUGUGUUCAAUGGAGCCGCGGAGCGACCGCCGUGGCCAGUGUUAUCGCGUUCAACCCGGUGUGAGCGAGUCUGCGAGUGAAAGAGCUGGGCGUCGCAAUGACACGUGCUGCAUAACUGAAUGCUGGCAUCUCUGCAUGUGUGCGCGUUUGGAAGAAAAAAUACCUAUGCGUGCUUGAAUGUGACUGUGUAGUGCUAUGUACACAUUAUAUGAGUGUAUUAACACCUGAAUAUGUGUUUACCCCUUAUGUGUGUGUACUAUUACCUGUGCUGGUCACGCAAUGCCACGGUCGCUUACAUCCAGUCUGCAUUGAGACAUGUGCUUUGAUAGUACGACCAUGGGCAGCCAGUGAUUCGGAUGGCAUCUGGGGCUCGCGGGGUAUCCCUCUCCGCGGCGUGGGGUACUCGGCCGCUCCUCCCGUCCCUCUGCCCGCCCUCCCACCCCUCUGUCUCCGCCGGCCGGUGUCCUCAGGUUGUGUCCACUGCUGGGUGGGUGACUCCCCAGGAUAUGUCGUGGUACCGGGGGUCUCACCGUCCCGCCCCCACAGACGCACCCGCCUCUGUCUCCCUGUGAUUGUCGAGGUCAGGCUGGCUCCCUGAGUUGUAUGCAUUAUGUGGUCUAUGUGUAUAUAUUGGUGGAAGCAGCCACUCACCGCGCUGGUCGCGGUGACGAGUGUGACGGAUCGGCGACAAAGUAGACGCAGAAUGGCUGCUGCAUGGCUGCCCAGUCAAUGGUUCAAAAUGGUGUUCGCUGAUGAUUGCCACCAGGCUUGCAUUGAUAACAUGUUGGGAAGCAUGCGCCAUACAGUUAUCUGUGGAAUGGAAUGUUUAUUGAUGCGGUGGCUUUAACCCAAAAACGAUGACGAUUUUCGAUGCCGUAAUAUGUGUGUACCAUGCAUUGUUGUGACAAAUAUGUCUGCGGCCGUGAAGCGAUCCGUUGUUAAUUUUCCUCGCGUUCAGACACGCCAGUCUGCGCCGGCGGUUGCCAUGGCAACAUACUGACGCCAUGUCCUCGUCCGAUGUGUCCCACUCGAGCCUUUGCUGUUUUAUUAAUCUAUAUGGUGGCGCUGACGGCGGCUGACCGGACGCUGACCGGCCUGUCAGCGGCCCGCUGAUCUCGACUGUUUGUGUCUCUGUUGUUUCUCGGACGGAGCGAGAGUGUGCUUGUUUCGUUGUGUUUGUACCCCGGCGGCCAGGCCGGCACUGUCUCAGUUGGCCGCUGGCGAGCCAGCUAUCGCGCCAGAAAAUACAGUUUUCCCAGUUUUUA